AUGCCGCACACAAUCCUUCUGGUCCAGCCAUCAGCUAAGAAGCCGGAUACUCGCACAUGGUCCGACUACGAGACGCUCAACGAAUGUCUCGAGGGUGUCUGCAAGAUCUAUGAAGAGCAAUUGAAGCGCGAAAACCCCAAUGCUCCCACCAUCACUUAUGAUAUUUCUCAGCUUUUCGAAUUCAUUGACCAACUGGCUGAUCUCAGUUGUCUCGUCUUCCAUGAAGCCACAUUGACUUAUGUGCCGCACACAAAAGAUUGGAUCAAGCAAAAUAUUUAUGUUCUCUUGAGAAAACAGGCUGGCCAGUAA